AUGCGCGUGGUGGCCGAGGAGCAGGAGGCACUGGAGGAGGUGCGCGACGAAGCCGUUGCCGCGCAGGAGGAGGCCAGCCGCUUGGAGCAGGCAGUGCGGCGGUGGGCCGCGGAGCUGCUUGCUCGGGAGCAGCUGGUCCGGGCUCGGGAAGAGGCAAUAGGCCAGUGCGAGCAGUCUGUGGAGACCGCCCGGGCAGACUUAGCCCGCUGGAGCGACGAGCUCGAGCGUUGUCACGCUGAAGUCCACCGUUGGGAGGAGGAGGUCGCGAUCCGCGAGACUGACGUCGAGAUCACGGUGACGGCUCAGGACGCCCUGGAGGAGCAGAUUUCAAGGCACGAAGCAGAGGCCGCCUCGGCGUCGGCGGCCUUUACUGCUCGGGAGGAGCAGGACGCCAAGUGGGUGGCCGAGCUGGCCGCUCGGGAGCGGGCCCUUGCCACCUUAGCCGAGCAGGUGAAGCGGGGACAAGCCGAAGCCCCGGUGACCAGCGGUGUCCCGACCAGCGCGGCCGAGGAGGUCAACCUUGAGGAGCGGCUGCAGGUCGUGAGGGACGAGCUCGAGACCAUCGUCUCCGAGCGGGCCAAUGUGAAGCUGAUGAUGCAAGACAUCCUUCGUCAAGCACGGAGGUCCGUGAGGGGGGUGGUCGAGGCCGAGGAAGCGGCCGCCCGGGAGGCUGUCCGCGGCGUCACCGCUGAGGUGGUGGCGUGCUUCACGCGGGAGCCACCACCGGAACCGAGCAGCAGCAGCAGCAGCAGUGAAGCCUCCUCACCGCCUUCAGAGCCCGCCAAUUUAGAUUAG